UCUCUCUGUCUCAUAUUACUGGCAGGUGAACAUGUCCUGUCACAGAAGCUGCUGCUGCUGCUGCCGCCGCCGCUGCCCGUGCACAUGCCGCCUCGGCGCUAUUAACCUGCCCGAACCAUGCACCCCUAUGGACCCUGCCUCCUGACGCCGCCAUGCUCGGCGCACCCGGCGGCGACCGCGACGACGACGGCGGGGCGCAGGACGCGCGCGGCGGCCCGGCCGACGCGCCCUCCUCGCCGAGGGGGCUCGUGCUCGCAUGCGCCGACCUCCUGCACCGCGGCGACGUCGACGGCGCCCGGCGCGUGGCCGACAUGCUCCUCUCGGGCGCCGACCCACGCGGCGACGCGGCCGACCGCCUCGCACAGCACUUCGCCCGCGUGCUCGCUCGCCGCAUCGACGACAAGGCCGGGGACGCGCCAACUGCCGGGGGCGCGGCUCCGGCCCCUGCGCCGUCGGCGUACCUGGCGUACAACAAGAUCGCGCCGUUCUUGCGGUUCGCGCACCUGACGGCGAACCAGGCGAUUCUGGAUGCCGCCGCCAUCGGCGGCGCGCGGCGCGUGCACAUCGUGGACCUCGAUGCCGCGUACGGCGUGCAGUGGCCGCCGCUCCUGCAGGCCAUCGCCGACGGCGCGGACCCCGCUGUUGGCCCGCCCGAGGUCCGUAUCACCGGCGCCGGUCCCGACCACGACGCGCUCCUCCGCACCGGCGACCGCCUCCGCGCCUUCUCCAGCUCCAUCAACCUCCCCUUCCGCUUCCGCCCGCUCCUGCUCCCCUGCACCGCGCAGCUCGCCGCCGACCGCUCCAUCGGCCUGGAGUUGCACCCGGACGAGACGCUGGCCGUCAACUGCGUGCUGUUCUUGCACAAGCUCGGCGGCGAGGGCGAGGUCGCCAAGUUCCUGAGAUGGGUCAAAUCCAUGAAUCCCACCGUGGUGACCAUCGCCGAGAGGGAAGCGAGCAUCGGUAGCGACUGCCCAGACGAGCUGCCGCGGCGGGUGGCCGCGGCAAUGGACUACUACUCGGCAGUGUUCGACGCCCUUGAAGCGACGGUGCCGCCGGGCAGCGCGGACCGUCUCGCGGUGGAGAACGAGAUCCUCGCCCAAGAGAUCGAAACGGCAGUGGCGCCGGGGCGCACGGGCGGGCGGGCCCGGGUGUUCGAGGCGUGGGCCACCGUCGCGCGCGCCGCCGGGCUCUCGCCGCGGCCGCUCAGCACGUUCGCGGUGUCGCAGGCGCGGCUGCUGCUGCGGUUGCACUACCCGUCGGAGGGGUACGUCGUCGAGGAGGCGCGCGGCGCGUGCUUCCUCGGCUGGCAGACGCGGCCGCUCAUGUCGGUCUCGUCGUGGCAGUAGACCAUCAGGUUAGUGGUGUUCGACCUAGCUUGGCAUGCGCGCCCUGCUCCAUUGAUGGCUUCUUUCUCCCUACCUAAGCUGGCCACCUGCACCACCAAAUUGCCGCAAGCAAUGGCACUCGGUGCAGCUGGAUCGAGGCCAGCUGAGCUAGCUAGCUGAUCUUGUACGUAGUUAAAGAGAUCGUUUCGGUGAGGUUUUGGAGGGAAGAAGAAGACCUCGCAUGCAUGCAUCCAUGCAAGGAUAUAGGAGAACAUGGUCCUUGCUAGCUGCUUGCCUUCCAUUCCCAUGCAUGGGCAAUGGCGGCUACUCGACCUUGGAAGGUUACUACUUCUGCUGUAGUGCAAUGGACGAAGGAGGAAGAAAAUGAUGCGGUGGUGUGCGUGAUGGACACGUUGCAUGGGAACGCACCAUUGGGAGAUCGUGCAAGGAUCUUCGGCAUCAUUCAAAUGUUCAACUUGGGACAGUUGCAUUAGCUGAUUAGGAGUGGUGCCCUGGACACGGAGAAGAGAUACAAGAAUGUGAUCACAGUGCGUCCAUAAGCAGGCAAUAGGCUUCUGGUAGGCUGCACGCAUUCCUCCCAUUGAUUUGACACGAUGUGGCCACAGCCGAUAUGCAUGCAUGGCUCGACUGUUAAUUGUUUAAAAGACACUCUUAUAUUUGCAUCAAAUAUCGCGCGCCAUGCAUGCAAAAAUAGCAUAAAUGUGUGCAACACCCAUGGAGUUUUUGUGGCGCCCUUUUGCAU